AUGAGGUCCAAUGCCUCACCGUCACCUGAGGAGGAGAUCCCGGACAGGAUGUCGGUCGACCCAACGAGCGUCAGCCCCGUGCUAGACCCCAACCCAAACCCAAUGGAUGAAGCAGAUCUGCCAGAUGUAGGAGCAAUCUCACUGAGUUCGCCCGAAUCCCUGUCCGCCGGAUUCGAUGGAUCAGGCGAGAGGGCCACCCCAAGAAAGAAGAAGAAGAAGAAGAAGAAGAAGAAUGCGUCAGCCUCUGAUACAGAUGAGUCGGAUAAACUAGAAGAGCCCGUGGAACCGGAGGAGAUUCUGACCGACGUGGAAGACCCGACAGCACACAUAUCAUAUUUCUGUCUACCCAAGACCCUGUUCGAGAACCACAAAGUGGGACCCGCCAUAGAGCCAUUGGGACUACCGGUGGGGGUAUACAGGAACGACCCCUUUGAACCGUCGGACUUCGGCUCAGAUAUGACAAUCGAAUCUCGCCUAGAGCAUUACCGGUUGGUCUUAGUGAAUUUCACUAGCACCGGGGCCUUCCGAUAG